CCGCGUGGGAUGGUGGCACGUCGGCUGUCUCUGGCGCCUCGUGAUCCCCUGAAGCGCCUCCCGGAGCCGCGCCGCCCGCGAUGAGCUCCCAAAGCCAUCCAGACGGACUUUCUGGCCGAGACCAGCCAGUGGAGCUGCUCAACCCGCCCAGAGUGAACCACAUGCCCGGCGCUGGGAGGCGGGUGGCCCUGCCAGGCCCUGUGAGCGAAGCCUCGUCUCCCCUGACCAACUGCCGCUGCUGCCCCCAUUUUACAGAGCUUCUUCCUGGCGGGUCUCUGUCUCUGCCCUCCGAUGCCCAUCUGGGUGCCCGCAGGGCCCUGGACGGCUGCACUUGUGGGCCGCAGCCAGUCACCGAGGCCGGAGGCUGCCCGGAUGGGUGGCGGAGCGAGCUUCAGAGUGCCCACCUGACCAGCAUUGGCAGCUCCUUCCUGGGCACCCUCAGCUUGGCACCUGGGACGAAGCUGCCGCAUCUUCACUGUGGCACGGGCAACAGAGUGCUGAUUGCAGAGUUCCAGAGGCAGCACGAGCAGCUCUCCCGGCAGCAUGAGGCUCAGCUGCAUGAGCACAUCAAGCAGCAGCAGGAGAUGCUGGCCAUGAAGCACCAGCAGGAGCUCCUGGAGCAUCAGCGGAAGCUCGAGCAGCACCGCCAGGAGCAGGAGCUUGAGAAGCAGCACCGCGAGCAGAAGCUGCAGCAGCUGAAGAACAAGGAGAAGGGCAAAGAGAGCGCCGUGGCGAGCACUGAGGUCAAGAUGAAGCUGCAGGAGUUUGUCCUGAACAAGAAGAAGGCUCUGGCGCAUCGCAACCUCAACCACUGCAUCUCCAGUGACCCCCGCUACUGGUACGGGAAAACUCAGCACAGCUCCCUUGACCAGAGUUCACCCCCUCAAAGCGGGGGUCCUGCAGCCUACAAUCACCCCGUGCUGGGAAUGUACGACUCCAAAGACGACUUUCCACUUAGAAAAACAGCCUCUGAACCCAACCUGAAAUUACGGUCCCGGCUAAAGCAGAAAGUGGCCGAGAGACGGAGCAGCCCCCUCCUCCGCAGGAAAGACGGCCCAGUGGUGACCGCUCUUAAAAAGCGUCCAUUGGAUGUCACAGAUUCCGCGUGCAGCAGCGCCCCCGGCUCCGGGCCCAGCUCCCCCAACAACAGCUCCAACAACGUCAGCACCGAGAACGGCAUCGCCAGCUCCGUGGCCAGCAUCCAGGCGGAGACUAACCUGGCCCAUCGACUGGUGACCCGUGAAGGCUCCGUGACGCAGCUGCCCCUUUACACCUCACCUUCCCUGCCCAACAUCACGCUCGGCCUGCCUGCCACCGGCCCCUCUAGCGGGACGUCUGGACAGCAGGAAGCUGAGAGACUUGCCAUCCCAGCCCUCCAACAGCGCAUCUCCCUCUUUCCCAGCACCCAUCUCACUCCCUACUUGAGCACUACGGCCACAGCACUGGACAGGGACGGAAGUAGCACCCACAACCCCCUUCUGCAGCACAUGGUACUCCUAGAACAGCCAGCCGCCCAAACGCCCUUAGUCACAGAACAGGCUCUAUCAGGCCUCGGGGCGCUGCCCCUGCACGCCCAGUCCCUGGUGGGCGCAGACCGGCUGUCGCCCUCCAUCCACAAGCUGCGGCAGCACCGGCCCCUGGGCCGCACGCAGUCGGCGCCGCUGCCCCAGAGCACGCAGGCCCUGCAGCAGCUCGUCAUCCAGCAGCAGCACCAGCAGUUCCUGGAGAAACACAAGCAGCAGUUCCAGCAGCACCAAAUGCACCUUAAUAAGAUGCUCCCCAAACCCGCCGAGCCGGCCCGCCAGCACGAGAGCCACCCCGAGGAGACGGAGGAGGAGCUGCGGGAGCACCAGGCGCUCCUGGACGAGCCUUAUCCCGAGCGGCUCCCCGGCGGAGGCGGCCAGAAGGAGGCCGUCCAGGUGAAGCAGGAGCCCAUCGAGAGCGACGGGGAGGAGGCCGAGGCGGCCGGCCAUGAGGCCGAGCCGGGCCAGCGCCAGGCUGAGCAGGAGCUGCUCUUCCGCCAGCAAGCCCUCCUGCUCGAGCAGCAGCGCAUCCAUCAGCUGAGAAACUACCAGGCGUCCAUGGAGGCCGCCGGCAUCCCCGUGUCGUUCGGCGGCCACCGGCCCCUGUCCCGGGCGCAGUCGUCGCCCGCAUCAGCCACUUUCCCCAUGUCCGUGCAGGAGCCGCCCGCCAAGCCCCGAUUCACGACAGGCCUCGUGUACGACACGCUGAUGCUGAAGCACCAGUGCACGUGCGGCAACACCAACAGCCACCCCGAGCACGCCGGCCGCAUCCAGAGCAUCUGGUCACGGCUGCAGGAGACCGGCCUGAGGGGCAAGUGCGAGUGCAUCCGGGGCCGGAAGGCCACCCUGGAGGAGCUGCAGACGGUGCACUCGGAGGCGCACGCCCUGCUCUACGGCACGAACCCCCUGAACAGGCAGAAAUUGGACAGUAAGAAACUUCUAGGUUCCUUGACAUCCAUGUUCGUCCGGCUGCCCUGCGGCGGCGUGGGGGUGGACAGCGACACCAUCUGGAACGAGGUGCAUUCCUCCGGGGCGGCCCGCCUGGCCGUGGGCUGCGUGGUGGAGCUGGUCUUCAAGGUGGCCACCGGAGAGCUCAAGAACGGCUUUGCUGUCGUGCGGCCCCCGGGCCACCACGCCGAGGAGAGCACCCCCAUGGGCUUUUGCUACUUUAACUCCGUGGCCAUCGCAGCCAAGCUGCUCCAGCAGAGGCUGAACGUGAAGAAGAUUCUCAUCGUGGACUGGGACGUGCAUCACGGCAACGGGACGCAGCAGGCCUUCUACGGCGACCCCAACGUCCUCUACAUCUCGCUGCAUCGCUACGACGAUGGCAACUUCUUCCCCGGCAGCGGAGCCCCCGACGAGGUCGGCACAGGGCCCGGGGUCGGCUUCAACGUGAACAUGGCCUUUACCGGCGGCCUGGACCCACCCAUGGGGGACACCGAAUAUCUGACUGCCUUCAGGACCGUCGUCAUGCCGGUGGCCAACGAGUUUGCCCCAGACGUGGUGCUCGUGUCGUCGGGCUUCGAUGCCGUCGAAGGUCACCCCACGCCCCUGGGAGGCUACAACCUGUCGGCCAAGUGUUUCGGCUACCUGACGAAGCAGCUCAUGGGCCUGGCGGGCGGCCGCGUCGUGCUGGCCCUGGAAGGAGGCCACGACCUGACGGCCAUCUGCGACGCCUCCGAAGCCUGCGUGUCUGCCCUGCUGGGGAACGAGCUCGAUCCUCUCCCAGACAAGGUUCUGCAGCAAAGGUCGAACAUCAAUGCCAUCCACUCGAUGGAGAAAGUCAUCGAAACCCACAGCAAGUACUGGCGAUCCCUCCAGCGCUUCUCCUCCACGGUGGGCUAUUCCCUCCUCGAGGCUCAGAAAUGUGAGAAUGAAGAAGCAGAGACCGUCACUGCGCUGGCCUCCCUGUCUGUGGGGGUCAAGCACGCCGACAAGAGGUCAGACGAUGAGCCCAUGGAAGAGGAGCCCCCACUGUAGCCUCCAGCCUGAAUCUGCUGGUCUCUCGUUUGUGCGUCUUUUGUCUUGAAGCUCUGCCAAGAAAAUUCCUCUCGUUCCUCCUGCGUCCUGUCAGGGUGUUCUCCCAGAAUACAAAAGGACAGCCAGGUGUGACGCAACCACAGGACUGGUCUUUGUGGAUACAGAAAACGAGUCUUUCUGCAUCUCCAGAUAUAUCGACAUCCAUAUAGAUAGAUAUAUCGACAUCCAUAGAUCUAUAGACACUCGCGUGUGCGCCCACACCCCCACCCACAGACAUCUGCGGCCUGGCCUGUCCGCCUCGACUGCGGGACCUGCUGGUGGGCGCAAGCCCACGUGAGACACGGGUGGAACCAGGCUCUCUUUGGCCACUCCAAGAGGAGGAAGCGGCCAGUGGUGGCUUUGGGCAGAGGGGCCACGUGGCGCGAAAACAAACACCAGAGUAGCCGCAAAGGAGACCCGAGUUUCCAAGCUCUAAUAACACAGAAAAUAAACUUCGUUAAAACUGGUGCUUAAGGUUUGAUGACCCACAAUUCCACAGUCUCCGUUGAAACCACUCGACUCAUCCUGUAGCUCGUUUGUUUGUUUUUUAAGAAAAAGCAAAGGAGAAAAAGGGUUUAAGACUCUGGCCUGCCUGGGAGUCAGAACAUGAUCUACAAACCCUGACUGCGAGUGUGGCAAGGGAGUGUUUUUAAUGGGGAGGGUGGGGGGCCGAGAAGACUAAUCUCUCUCUCUUUUUUAAUAGAAUACAAACCGAGUAAGGAGCGCCCACCCGGGAGGAGGCGGCUUUAGCUUUUCAGAGCUGCCUGAAGAUGAGAGUUUGUGCCUUUUUAAACAAUUGAUGCGAUGGACUUGGAGUGGCUGAUUUUUCAGAAGUCUGAAGGACAAUGCCUUAAGUUUCAAAGAAAAGAAAAAGCAGGACUCUGUGGAGUGACUUCCUCUGGCUGACAACAGAGCCGAGAACUGCCAGCAAGCCCAGAGCCAGCGAGCCAGCGAGCGAGCGAGUGAGAGAGAGAGCGAGCGAGUGAGGGAGCGAGUGGGAGCCUCAGGCCUGUCCUUGCUGGCUCGUGCCAGGGCUGAAGGCAGGUGGACAUCCCCUGCCUGCGGAGCCUCCCAAGCGGGGCGGCCCUGGGCUCGGCUCCGCUCCGUUCGGGUCGGGAUUUUGUUCGUUUGCUUUCUUUGUGGUUCUAUUUCAUUUCACUGUUGUUAGGGAGUUGCCCCCCAAGUGGCAAAUACCGUUGGGUGUUCCGAAGUCCAAGCAAUUGAAAAGAAGCCCAGGCGUUUUCUCUCCGGCCUUGAUUAUCUAACAGUCAAACACAGCGAUUUGGUUGUUGACGCAUGUGAUAGACACAUUUACAGUUUUCGCAUUGGGUUGCUUUUCACUGAGAGCAAUCUCGCAUGAAGCCUUGCUGGAAUUGUAGGAUAAAUAGAGAUAUAGAGAUAUAUAUAUAUAUAUGUAUGUAUAAUGUAUAUUCCAAAUGUACUCCAAGCUUAGACACUUGAUUCUUACGAGAUCUCGAUAAAAUAUUUAUAAUGCAUUUAUAGAAGAAAUUACAAGGUAACUAUAAUAAAUGCAGAUUGGAAAAGGCACCUUGGAAGGGACCCUACGAAUGGCUCACUUGGGAAUUGGACCAGCCCGGUGCUUAGCAGAAGGAAUGGCCGAGCGCCAUUGGAAGCAUUUGAGGUGGCCAACACAUUUGCCACUGGGCAACUACCCUCGAUGUUUGCUUUUUCAUUUCUGGUUCUGUUUGUUAAGUUUGGUUUCAUUUUGAACAGGACCUCUGCCUGCCCCCUGCCCUUCGCGCACACACGUGCGCGCGCACACACACACACACACACAAAAUGCGUUAUUUGCGUUUGUUUUUUCGAGGGGGGGAGGAGGGGGUUGGAGUGGUAGCAAGAACUAGAGACAUUUAUGGUUGAUUUUUUUAUUGGCGCUAUUUCCUAAUCAUGAACCUCGUUUGUGUGGAUUUGACGUUUGUUUCCCAUUGGGCAGUUUUCUGAUGUCAAAAGGCCUUUCUUGCCUCAGUCCAUCCUUGUACAUUUUUUUUUUAACUUUUUAAGGUCUUGAGUUUUUUAUUAUUAUGGGGGGGUUGUUUGGUUUUUUUGUACAGUCGGCAUCUUUCCGCCAGGCUGAGGAGACCUUACGGUUAGCGUUUGUCUUCAGAAAUGGAGCAUUUCGUGAGAAGAGGGAUUGUGGACCGCCACCAGCCAAGUUCUGUUCUUGAAAGGAGCUUGGGAUGGUGGGAGGGGGGUGACCAAGCCUCCCCUCCAGUCAGUGGCCUGCAGAGCUCCGCAGGGGAAGACUCGUCAACAUUAACAAAUGUCAUUGUAACUUUUGUUCUCCAGAGACCUUUGGGGGAAAAUGCUCUCCAGAAUGUUGAACGGGGCGAGGAGUGUUGUUUUUCACGUUGUUUUUUUUCUUUCUUUCUUUCUUUUUUUCUUUCUUUCUUUCCUUCUGCCAUCUGGUUUAGGCCCUCACUGUCAAGCGCCAGAUGCUCAUUUCUGGAGUAUGGGGCUGUAGGAGGCCAAUGGACACAUGGACUCACUCUUUCUUCCUUUCUCUCUUUCUUUCCUUCUUUUUUUUUCUUUCAAAGCAUACAGAAUAGUACGAUUCACUCCUCUGGACAGCUCAGCUCAUCUUUUCUCUUUCUUUUUUUGUGACAUUUGAAGUCACCGUUUUCAUUCCAAAAUUGAUUGAAUUCAGACUUGUGGAAAGAAUUUGAAACUUGGGGAUGGGGGGCCCCCUCUAGAGAAAAGGGGCAGCCGAGGAAUUUUCUAGGCUUGGUCUUGAGUUUACGAUUCAGCUUUUCCCUACCGACACUAACUAACUAAGGGCAUGGGAGGAGUUCUUCGUUGAUCCUUGAGCCUUAGAUGUGCAUGCAGCCCACUGGAAAGGGCAAGGUUUGGGUGCAGAAAGAAACCUCCUUUGACUCCAGACUGUGCCCCUUCUCGGUAGGGCCGAGGCCUAAUCGGCAUCCCACCUUGGGGAUGUUUGGCCCGCUUGUCGUCGUUUUCUUUUGAGGUUUUCCUUUUCUGUGGUCCGGGAGGGCUCCAAGGGGAGGAAGGAACCAUUUUUUCUGCUCGGCCCUGUUAGAGUUGAAACGGGGCCGGGUCCCCCUGCAUAGCCUUUCGCUCACUUUUCCAAGCUGUUCCUCUGGAGCACGGCAGCGAGGGGAAUCCACCCAGGGCUUCCCCUUCCCUGGAAGCAGGGAGUAGCCAGAAGAAGGAGGCUUUGUCAUUUUUACAAGAUGCUGGUGGUAGCCCGGAGCUCCCGGCCUAGCCUUUUCUGCCUUUGUCGUGCCCGCGGAGCCAGCCGAGGGAUUUACUGCAUGUUGGAAAGACCCCUCGAGUGCAAUCUUUCCCCUUUGCUUCCUCAGCCCCCUCCGCCCCUCAGGCCAUCCGCCGAAAGGCUUUCUUGGUUCUCUUUGGUUCCGGCGGGCCUUGGCCUUUCCACUGUGGGGGUGCCGGCUCCCCUUGUCGCAGGCUGCCCACAGCCGCGCUUCCUUUAGCUCUCCGUCCUCAUGCCUGGCCCGUGGGGGAUGCUUUCUUCACCCCGUUUCUCACUUGCACCUUUGCCAAGGCCAUUGGGGCAUUUUUUUCAAACGUUGGUCCACAGGGUCGGUGAGUGAGCACUUUACUGGCCCCGGGGGGAGGGGCGGGGGGCGCUGCAGCUGGCACUCCUGGAGGCGCCACCCUCCGCCCGUCCUUUUCUUGAUCCUCCCCCCAGAGCCUCGGCAUCUUAGACCCUCCAGGAUGUGCCUGAGCGCCACCAGCAGGAGCGCCGAGGCGGCUCCCCGCCUGCGCCGGCCGGGUGAGCCCCCGUUUCUCCUCAGCCGGGCCGGGCCUGCCGGGGCUGCUCCCCCCUCGCCGUGGGCCGCUCUGUCCAAGCCUUUUUCUUUCUUCCGUUUUGAACUCUUCCUGCCCCUCUCCGUCUGCAGAAGAAGGCUGGCGGUUGUUUUUCUUUUUCGGGGUCUCCCACAGCCCCGGAACGUGCAGGGGCAGCUCGGCGGGACGCGGCACGCAUGCACACACGCACACGCUCGCACGCACGUACGCACGCACGCACGCAGGCACGCGCGCGGCCGGCUGCCGGGGAGGUGCUGAGGGCUGGGGCUUGUUUUCGAGCUUUGUUUUUCUUUUGGAUAGAGAACAUUCCUUUGUAUUCGUCCUAGUCAUGUACUCAUUCCAUUCUGCUUUUUGUAAACUUUGGGGCCCGCGCGUUUCCCGGGCGUUGAUAUAUAUAUAAAUAUAUAUAAAUAUAUAUGAAUCUAUUUUUUUAAGUUUCCUACACCUGGAGGUUGCAUGGUCUGUAAGGUUGGCAUGUCUUUCUCUUGUACACAGAUUUUGCACGCCAAACUGGGCAGCUUGGGGGAAGCAAAGGCAAAGCCCCUGGUUUUCCCCCCUCGCGGCAUUUGCAGAUUUUGGCCGAGGCGGGGCGAGGGCGACGACCACACGACGGCGAGCGGGAGGGGGCCUUUGCGUCUUACUGAACUUAUUCUGAAGACUUUGUGCUUUUUCUUGUAAGAAAUAAAAGGACUACUUAAACCUUCGUCAUUUUCAGCAAACCGUUUAUCGAGCACUUGUGACAUACCAAUAAUAGAGUUUAUUGUAUUUAUGUGGAAACAGUGUUUUAGAGAAACUACGCAGAGCGCAAAAUGGAAACUGCCUGGCUCUCUUCAAAGGGUUUUUUCUUUCUUUCUUUUUUCCUGGGGGGGGGGGGAGACAUGUUUUUGGUUUUGUCCCUUCUGUUUCUUUUCAAGGGAGGAGCCGAACUCACCCCUUUCUUGACUGCUUUGUUUGGACAAAAAACAAAACAAACAAAAAAAACUGACACGGAACCUAAAGAGUUAACUUCUCAGCCCCGCCCCUGCUUUUUUUUUAAGUGACUUUUAGUUGACUUUAUCGAUUGACCUCCCGAGCAGUGCUGGGGUUUAAAAAUCUACCCAAAGUUUCUUCCUUGUUGUGAAGUCAGGCCAGUUGGAGGCCGGCUUCCCUUUGGCUUUGGUGCUGGUUUGCAAAGCAUGCUAGUAAAGGAAAACGAAAUGGAACCUCCUGCGUGGCUGUGCGAUCCAUCGUGCGGGCGAGUUUCCAUUUCCGGGGGUGACGGACUGCUGUCAUGGCUAACAUAGAUAUAUCCACGAGUGUAAAAGGGGGCCGAAGCCUCGUCCGAGAGCUCAUGACAGAUCUCUAGUCUCCAAAGCUGUCACUCGAGUAUAUUCUCCUCCCCCCAUCUGUGCCCAGAUCCGUGUCGCCCUGGCUAACAGCUGCCAGUUUCUUCUGUGGGCAGGACUCGGGCUCCCUCGAGGCGCCGGUUCUCCGGGCUGACCC